AUGGACCAGUUGUGCGAUGCCCUGCGACCCUGGGUGAAAGUUCCCUUCUUCAUAAGCUAUGGAUCCGAUAGGAAGAGCAUGAAAGCGAGAGACAAGGAGAAGCUGAAGGAGUACCUCCCGCACUUUAAAAAGGUUCAGGCCGUGGACCGCACAUGGAACUUCUCGCACAGCACGAUCACGGCAGCAUUGCAGCAGAUAGAUGAGAAGUUGACGGUCUCGCCGACAUGGGCAGGGGCCUACGCUUUAAAGCUUUCUGCGGCCUUCAGACAUGAUAUGUGGAACUCUACACGAGAGAAGAAAAAGAAAAAGAAAAAGAAAGAGGGAGAGGAAGACGCCGAUGUGAGUGCUUCAAAAGAGGAGCAGGAUACCCAGCAGACGCAGAUGACAGAGGAGACAAUCGAGUCGCAGCUCGGGGAUGCCGAGGAGGGAGAGGACAAUGAAGAGAAUGAAGAGUAUGAAGGGAAUGAAGAGAAUGAAGAGGAGGAAGAGAUGGAGCAUGACGAAUGCACGGAGCCAGACGACGAAGCAUGUUUGAAGCGGCCUGCAGCGGCUGCUUUGGAGAAACCAGAUGCAAAGAAGACAAAAGUUGCAAAUGAGACACCACCUACAACGACAACGACGACAACAGUCAUGGCAACAGCAGCUCCAACAAGGAGACACUUUUCCAAGGAGGCAGCAGCUCCAACAACCAAGAGCCACGUUUUCCAGGAGACAGCAGCCCCAGCAACAAAGACGGCAGCCGCAAAGCAGACAGAAGCUUUUGCAAGCAGCGAAGUUCCUAUGGGAGCUAUGGAGUCCAUCACGGCUUUUGCUGAGCAAGAAGGAUUGCUGCUUCCGUAUGAGCCGGAGAUGACGCCGGAGCCGCUGAAAGCCAAGUCGCCGGAUGAUCUGGAGACUGAGCCGGGUGGCGAAGUCGCCGACGUCGCGACUCUUCCGGAGCCGCCUGCACUGGAGGAUGUGUCCGCGAGUGUGAUGAGAGAUCAAUACCAGCUAAAAGGAAUUGCGACUUUGGAGCUGAACGGCAAGCCCGAGUAUGAGUACGGCUUCGACAAGUCGCACGGGCGAGCUUGGAGGAUGAGAAUCCUGGGGGGAAAGAAGCGGGGACCGACGGAGUGGUCAAACCCGCCAUCCUUGGAUGACAGAGGUCCCCACGCAGCCGUUCGCUGUUUCUUCGCCGACGGCGAUAUCUUUGAAUCUGGCCUGGUGACCCAAGAGGAUGUUCAGCAUCGCAUGACCAAGCACAAGUCUGAUGGCAAGCAGCCGAAGGAUGACCUCCAGGCUUCCAAGAAGGCGAAGCCCAGCGACCAGGAUGUUGGUUCCAACCCGAACAAGAAGGGCACGGCUGUGGCAUCCAAGGUGGCUGAGGGUGCUUCGGACUUGAAGAAGAAGGACACGACCGGGACACUCAAGAAGAAGGAUGGUGCUUCGGACAAGAAGAACGACACGACUGGGGCAUCCAAGCAGAAGGAUGGUGGUUUGGACCAGAAGAACGACACGGCUGGGGCAUCCAAUCAGAAGGAUGGUGGUUCCGGCCAGAAGAACGACACGGAUGGUGGUUCCGACCAGAAGGAUGACACGGCGAGGGCUGGGGCAUCCAUGCAGGAUGGUGGUUCCGAGCAGAUGAAGGACACGGCUGGGGCUAUGGCAUCCACGCAGGAGGAAGCCGGACGAGACCAGGAAUACCGAGCAGCCUUGAGCCAAGCUGGAGCACCUAGUGUUCCGGUCGGAGGUGCCGGAGGGGCAUCUCUGAAUGGCGUGGUUCCAGGAAGGUUUGCUGGGGGAGAAGCCUCCCCGGGAACACUGGAAUCAGGGGAAGCUGUGGUUUCGGGUGGAGAAGGCGUCUUGCCUACCUCGCAUCCUUUUCAUAGUGAUCGGAUUAAAUCAGAAGUGCAACUGCAGCGAUCCCGACCUUCUACACUGGAUGCUGAUGCGAAGCGUCUGGGCGUGGACACGGAUUCGCCCGCUCUGGGGGAAGCUGGGGUUGGAGCGGAGCCGGACUAUUCGGCAGCCUUUGCGUCUUCAACUGCACCGGGACCUCGAGUAGCUAGGGUGGAGGCGGCUCCUUUCGGGUCUGGAUCUGGGCCUGAGGGAACUUUACAUCGAGUGGUCAAUGAGGCCCCAACGACUUCAGCAAGGCCGAUUGAUCAUAAAGAGAAUGUGGGUACUACAGAGCCGUCUGGAAUUGCUACAGAGGGGCUGGACCCUAUAGAGGACGAGGCUCCGGAGUUGCUGCCGGAUGUGGACCGUACUACUAGGCUGGAGCAGAUGAUUUUGCAACUGGUCGAUGAGAAUCGGUCACUGAAGCGCAGGAUGGAGCAGGCUGAAUGGCGGUCUCAGGGAAGCUGGCAUAGCGGGACCCCGGGAGAGGCUGCAAUGACCUCGCCUGUUUCCUUCACGGUGGAAGGAGGAGUGGCCGAGUCCAGUUUCCCGGCGUAUGAGUUGAAUCGAGCCAGCUUUGAUCAGAGCUGUUUUGGAGCGAUGGAUCAGGUUAAGUUGGCUUGGGAGCUCGUUCGACCGGAGUGCCGUAAGGAUGGAUCUGUAAAGGCGGGACAAGUCUUUGACAUCCACCAGCAGGCAAUCUGCUUUUCCGGAAAUCGUUGGCAUGAUCUGGGUGGUUGGGAUGUUGAGUUGCCUUGCUGGAUUGUGGGGGAAGCAGACUGGGAUUUGUGGGUGCAAUGGCACCAAAGUGAAAUCUGUUUGCGACGCUUUAUGUUGGAGGAGCUUUGCGAUGAAGGUUCUUCCUCGGACCUCCUAGUGCAAGGGGCAGAACGACUCUACUAUCAGGAGCGCUUAUGUGACUGGUUAGAGAAUGCGCGACGCGAAUUGGGUUGUUGGAAGGAAUCUGCUCAGGAAGAGGUAGAUCAAUGGGUCAGGGACGGAAUUGCGGUUAUUCAGCUUCCGGGUAAGUGCGUUCUCACUCGAAAAUCAGGGACCGGAUUGGCAAGGGAGGAUUUAUACGCGUCUGGGGCGGAGGGUGUGACUCUACGCACGGCUUUGGCAUAUGCAGCUCGGUUUGUGGAUUGGAGGGGAUUGACCAUCGAUGUCAAGUCUGCUUUUCUGUAUGCUCCUAUUGGGGCUGAGGCAAAGGGCAGGGAAGAAAGGAUUGUGGUGAAACCGCCUUCUUUUCUUACAGAGCUGGGUAUUCUGAAGAGCACCGAUCGGUGGUGGGUUAAGAAAGCUUUGUAUGGGCUUCCUACUUCCCCUAAGGAUUGGGGCAACUAUAGGGAUCAGGAGUUCCGUAGUUUGCGACUUAGUUGGGAAGGGGGCAGUUGUGGCCUGGUGCAGUCUAAAGCCGAUGAAUCCUUGUGGUUUAUCCGAAUGCUGGCUGAUGAUGAAUAUGGAGAAGUUGUGGGGCUGCUGGUUGUCUAUGUUGACGAUUUGGCGGUGUUCUCCAAGGUUGCCAUCUGCGAAGCGUUCAUCCAAGCUGUACAAGAAAAGUGGAAAACGUCCCCUCCGACUUGGUUUGGUGAGGAGCCUAUCACUUUUUGCGGUGUUGAAAUUGUGCUAACUGGGCGUGGUUAUCGGCUGGCUCAAACUUCCUAUUUGAAGGAACUCUUGAUUCGGUACGGGGUCGAGGGCACUGCUACCGUGCCUGUGACCAAGUGGACUGAGCCUGAGCUCCCUGCUCAUGUUGAACUUGAAGAUGUUCGGGCAGCGCAAGGAAUUACAGGUGCACUAUUGUGGAUUGCAACGCGGUCCAGACCAGACGUAUCCUUUGCGGUGUCGAAGAUGGGCCAGAUGGCCACGAAGGCACCAAAGGUCUCCAUCGAGCUGGGGAUGCAAGUCUUGGCGUAUUUAAGUUCGACCUCUCUGCUGGGGAUAGAGUACUUGUUCGACGCGGGUUCAUACUUCUCUGACCAUGGGGGCUUGAGUGUACCGAGAACUGAUCAUGUGUUGGAAAUUUACUCUGAUGCUUCGCACUCCCCAGCAGGGGAUCGCUCCACUCAGUGCGUGAUCAUCAUGUGGCGCGGUUCGCCACUGGUGUGGGAAUCAACGCGCCAACCGUUCACUACUCUUAGUAGUGCAGAGGCAGAGCUGGUUUCGAUGGUUCACAGCGUGACGCUCACUGAAUCUCUCCAACCCUUAGUGGAUGAAAUGGUAGGUGGGGACACGUCUAUGGCACUUCUAGGCGACAACGCCGCAGCGAUCAGAUCCUUCGACCUGGCCGGAAACGGCUGGCGUAAUCGCCACUUAAGGAUGAGGGCGAUCUCAUGCAGAGAGCGCGUGCUUGCUGGACUUCUGCGUGUCUCUCAUUUACCUGGUUCUUACCAGGUGGCGGACAUUGGAACCAAGGCGCUCUCCCGAGUUCGUCUGAUGCAAUUACUUGAACUACUGAACAUCCGAGGGCCGCUUGAUGUGCGUGAAAUCGUGAGUACGGCGCGCAUGCUAAGCCGUUUGUCCUUGACGGGAAUUGCUUCUGUUCCCUUGACUGCGGAGGCGUUAGCGGGGCUGGGGGUGCAGGGCCCGGGGGAGCAGAUUGCAUCACCGGAGGAGAAUUGUGAGGGUGAUUCGGAUCGUGGUUCGGAGCAGAAGAACGACACGGCUGGGGCUAUGGCAUCCACGCAGGAUGGUGGUUCCGAUCAGAAGAACGACAACACGGAUCGUGGUUCGGAGCAGAAGAACGACACGGCUGGGGCUAUGGCACCCACGCAGGAUGGUGGUUCCGACCAGAAGGAUGACACGGCGAGGGCUGGGGCAUCCAUGCAGGGUUGUGGUGCCGAGCAGAAGAAGGACACGGCUGGGGCUAUGGCACCCACGCAGGAAAGUGAUUCCGAGCAGAAGAAGGACUUGGCUGGGGCUAUGGCAUCCACGCAGGCCAGUGGCGAUUCCCAGCAGAAGACAGAUCCGGCUGGGGACGAGAAGGAGCCGGUUGCCGAGCCGCCCAUCCAGGAGCCGGUUGCCGAGCCGCCGCCUCUGGAUGCCGAGGAACGGGCAAUGCUGGAGGAAUACACAUCGGAAAAGGGUGCCGUGAAAGUCAUGGUUCGAUACAAAAAGCAGAAAGAUCGAAACGAUAUCGUUAUACUGAGCUUGCAGGUGGAAGGCAAAUGGCGCCAAAAGGCACAGAUAGUCGUGAAGUGGGGUCCCCGGGGUGGCGGGAUGCCGCCAUGGGCUGCCAUGCUUGGAAUGAAGCAGGUGGCCGAGCAGAUCCUUUCGUCAGGAAAUAUCGACAACAUCAAGCAAUGGAAGGAGGAUGUUGUGCGGGCGAUCAAUGCAAGCACGUGGGUGGAGUACAUGGAAAACCUGAGGCCUCAGUGUGAAAAGUAG